AUGCCGCCCCCACCGCUGCUGCUGCUCGCAGUCCUGACCGCUGCGGCCACCCCAGCGGGGCCCGGCUGCCAGCCUGCCCAGGGCCUCCCCCGGGACCCUGCCGGUGAGCACGACGGGCAGCUGGCUUCGGACAGCAGCGACAGCGGAGGCCUGGAGGCCGAGGAAGAGCCGCCCUCGGGGCUGCCGCCCACCUUCGUCCGCUUCAGCCACCACUCCUACGCCCAGAUGGCGCGCGUGCUGCGGCGGACGGCCGCCCGCUGUGCCCACGUGGCCAGGACCUACAGCAUCGGGCGCAGCUUCGACGGCAAGGAGCUGCUGGUCAUCGAGUUCUCCGGUCGCCCCGGUCGGCACGAGCUGAUGGAGCCCGAGGUGAAGCUCAUAGGCAACAUCCACGGCAACGAGGUGGCCGGCCGCGAGAUGCUCAUCUACCUGGCCCAGUACCUGUGCACCGAGUACCUGCUGGGCAGCCCGCGCGUGCAGCGCCUGCUCAACACCACGCGCCUGCACCUGCUGCCCUCCAUGAACCCCGACGGCUACGAGGUGGCUGCGGCCGAGAUGUUCAAGUUGCUGGCCAGAGCCUAUGCCGACGUCCACCCCGUGAUGACCGACAGGUCGGAGAACAGGUGCGGGGGCAACUUCCUGAAGACCGGCAGCAUCAUCAACGGGGCGGACUGGGCUGCCGGCUGGACACCCACCCGCCUUGGGAGCCUCGGGGGCUCCCUGGAGGAGGCGGCGUCUGGCUGCAUCAUGGCGCGGGGACGCGGGUGUCAGCUUGCGGCAGGCACAGAGCGGCAGGGGUCUGUGGCCAUGGCGCACCGGGGCAUCAAGGGAGUGGUGAUGGACAAAUUCGGCAAGCCGGUGAGGAACGCCAGGGUUUCGGUCAGGGGCAUCCGCCACGACGUCACCACAGCCCCGGACGGCGACUACUGGAGACUGCUGCCCCCGGGGUCCCACAUUGUCAUCGCGCAAGCCCCUGGCUACGCCAAGGUCGUCAAGAAGGUCACCAUCCCCGCGCGGAUGAGGCAGGCGGGCCGCGUGGACUUCAUCCUCCAGCCCCUGGGGCCAGGCCCCGGGAGGCCCCUCCAGGGCGCGGGCAGCAGCGGGCGGCACCUGGCCUGUGGCGGGGACCUGCGGCUGAGAUUGAAUUUGUUCGCCGUUGUCUGA